AUGUCACAGGAGGCGGUGAUGAUUGCUGUGGACAACAGCGAUUUUAUGCGCAAUGGUGACUUUACUCCAUCACGUCUACAGGCCCAGAAUGAUGCUGUUAAUCUAUUAUGUCAAGUGAAGCGACAGGCGAACCCUGAAAAUACUGUUGGGCUAAUAUCUCUUGCCAACACCGAAGUUUUGUGUACUCUCACUAGUGAUAUGAGCAAAAUAUACAACAGGCUUCAUUUGAUUCAACCUAAGGGAGGUAUUAGCUUUUGCACCUCUGUGCGUAUCGCCCACCUGGCUCUUCGCCAUCGACAGCUUCGUCACCAGAAGAUGCGUAUAGUUUGUUUCGUAGGUAGCCCGAUUAACGAUGAUGAGACUGAGAUGGUGAAGCUAGCUAAGCGUUUAAAGAAAGAGAAGGUAAAUGUCGACAUUGUAAAUUUUGGUGAGAACGAAGUGAAUCAGAAGAAGCUCCUCGAGUUUGUAGAGUCGGUAAAUGGAAAGGAUGGUACUGGGUCUCACUUGGUCACAGUUCCACCAGGCACUGUUUUACAUGAAUCGCUUGCCUCAAGUCCUAUUAUCGCAGGAGAAGAUGGUUCUGGGGCUCUACCUGGUUCGGGCAUUGGUCUAGAGUUCGGCUUGGAUGCUGUGGAUGAUCCGGAUCUUAUCUAUGCUCUCCGUGUUUCCAUGGAGGAUCAGCGCAUGAGACAGGAACAGGAGGCAAGUGCGAAUGCGGGUGGUCAAUCUGCGGCAAUCUUGCCGGGGUCUGCCGGCACGUCAGAGGAGGAAUUGCUUCGGCAGGCUCUUGCAAUGUCAAUGCAAGUCGGAUCUGGUAGCUCUUCAGGGCCAGUGGAUCUGGCCAAUAUGACAGAGGAGGAACAAAUCGCUUAUGCAAUUCAAAUGUCUAUGCAAACGGAAGAACAGGAGAGAUCAUCAGAGGAGAAGAAGUCCGAUUCGGGGAAUAACGAAGACAAUGGCAACAACAAUGCGAAAAUGGAUGUGGAUGAGGUACCUCCGACUGCGAGUACUUUAGCUGCAACCACCUCUGAGACUGCCUCUCACAGCCACCAGGUGUCAGGAGAAGAAGAGGGUGCUAAGGGAAAGGAUGAUGCGGUGGUAGAUUGCGAUCCUGAAUUCCUUCAGUCCGUGUUACAGUACCUGCCCGGUGUAGACCCUCAAAAUGAGCAGGUGCGUAAGGCAAUCGAAUCUCUUACUACGGGAUUCAAAUCGGAUCGUGGCGCAUCCAAAGAUUCUCAGGAACAGAAAAAAGGCAAUGACGAUGGUAGCGACAUUGAUAAAGAUGAAUAA